AUGGCCGAUCACAACGAUAUUCAAGGUACGUAAGAAUAAGUCAUCGUGAGGAAACAGUGUGAUCUAAAUAAUACGAGCCAUUAUACUGAAUACAAACUCUAUUCCAUAGUUCAGCCCAGAUAUCCUGGCUACCCGAUGCAACCGUACCCACAAGAAAGGCCAACUUCCACGAGUGUGACUGUGCAAGUAAGCUCUUUAGUUUAGUUCAAUAAUUUCUUUGUACCAGUAACGUUUUUAUGCGAUCCAAAAGCUUAAUCUUUCGUUAUUCACCACUAUUUUCGUAUUUUCAGCCCAAUUCAACAGCUCAGCUUCGUCGUCCAUGGAAUUGGAUGGCUGUAUCAAUUUUUACCACCUUGUUCUGUUGCUUACCAUGUGGUGUAUCAGCCAUUGUCCACAGUUGUAAGGUAAGAAAUAACCUUAAGUUGUUUUGUUCCCUCCACCAAGUUGUGAUGGGUCUAGGUAAGUACUACACGGGAGGGAUAUGGCGCCCGGUUCUUUAAAUUCAGGCCAGCUGUAGUUUAGAAAACAAGAAAAGGCUAAUUUUUUAGUAGCUAGUUUAGAGCACCCUACCUUGACUUGAGCUUUGUACGUUCAAAUUUUUACUACACAUUGUUGCAGAAAACGUCUCGAAACAUCACUUACGAACCCCGGUACAUAAGACCCGUAAAGUAUUUUGGGGGAGUAACCCUGGCAGACAAGGUCAAAGGCACUACAAUUUAUAAAGUUUAACUUCAAAUUACCAAAAAAAAAACAGCAAAGACAAGAAUAGCAUGUAAAUUACGAUAAAUUACAAUCUUAGUGAGGUACUGUAUUGCUCCAAGAGGUUUUUCUCCGGGUACUCCAUUUCAAGAGACCAAGAAUCAGUAGACGAAUGGCCACUUAGUGGAUGUGCUACCUCUAAAUCGUUAUUAAUUUAAAAUUUAUUUAGGUGUAUCUUGCAUAAGAUACGAACGAAACAUUUAAGUCAUGGUUGCCUCAGAUCUGUAUUGGCUACGGGUUCCGACAACACUUUAAAAAUGCCGAAAAGACUCAGUAAAAACAUCUGGGCAAACAGUCGUCUUUAUGUUAGUUCAUCUAUGCCCCCCUUUGGCUUUCCUUUUCUCCUUUACGCUUGAGCAGUUAUUAAUGGGUUUAAUUUUCUUUGACUAGUUGACAAGUGCUGAAAUCGGCUUAUAUUGUCACGUGUCCUAGCCCUUUUAAAGUGUUUUAGCAUCGACGACGGCGACGGCAGCGAAAACGUAACUUUUAAAAUGAAUUAGUGUUCUUUCAAAUUCGCUGAAAAUGUCUGAUGUAGGCAAAUUUGCCUGAAGUUGAUUUCUUGCGGGCCGCACUCAAAUUUUAGAAAGAGAAAGAAAAUUUUGUCGUCGCUUGUUUACGUCCUCCAUGAAACGUGAAAUUAGGCAUUUUCUCAGGGGGGGAGGGGGGGUACUCGGGAUUUCAAGUGACGGGGAUGAUCGAAGGGUUUUUUUGGGUACGAAAAUUUGGCAAUAAUUUUUUUGGGUAGCUUGAUUUGAGUAGGGAUUUUUUUAGGGCAUUUUAAAAAAGAAUCGGUGGUGCCUUGGCUGCGUAGUUCUGCGAAUAAAGUACAAAUAUACGUGUUUUGCUGUUGUGUAAUAGUUAACUAUGGUGUCGCUUGACAUCGCACGUGUUAUACAAUAGUCUGCAUUGUCCCGUAGUGCCCGGCCGUGUACAAGACUUCAACCGGGAUUUGGUCUACGGAUUUUUUUGGGUUUUGCUGGAAGCCCUAGGGAUUUUUUUGGGUCUUGACUUCUGGCUCCAUUCGAUCAUUGCCGUCACUUGAAAUCCCGAGUACCCCCCCUGGGGACAUUUUCAGGUCGUAGUCGGGCAGUAAAGGCAAGGAAAUGUAAAAAAAAUGCAUGAAGCACGUGAUAAACAUAACCCUAUUGCUGUUCUGACGUUCUCGUUGCCGGGGCCGCUUGUUAGGCCCGGUUUAGACGCCAAACUUUUCAUGAGCCGAACCUAUAAAUUCGAAUUAAGGCCGACCCAAGUUAUUUAGACCAGCUGAAUUGAUUCAGGCGCCGAUCUUAUUUGCAACUGAGCCAAGUUCAAAAGGCGAAAAAAUGCUCAUUUCCAUGUCAAACUGCUUACAAAAUACGUUAUAAUAAUUUAUGCAUUAGAUUCGGUACAUGAAAAGUUCGCCGUCUGAAUCAAAGCCGAUCCAAAGUCGCUACAAAGGCGAAAUUCCCGGCCGGGCUAUGAGAAAAGAACGGCUGAGCCGCUCCAAAUUGAAACAGGCGUUCCUGAUUAAUUCAGCGCCAAGCUUUUCAAGUAUAGACCGUUGUCACGCGGCGGCCAUUUUGUCUCAAGAGAUGAAAAAAGCUUUGUAUUUGCACGGCUAGCCUCGUUCUCACUGCUUUUUUAAUUUCCUGGAACAAAAUGGCCGCCGCGUGGCAAGGGUCGAUUAGGUUCGGCAAAGUUCAGCAUCUGCACCGGGCCUUAAAAUGUGAAUGACCGUUUUACAUGAUAUGGUACUGGAAAUGUCUGCAGUGCAGGGAAUGAUGCUUUUACGAUUACCUAAUUUAUGCUCGAAUGAUUUCCUUUCUUUUUCUCUAGGUGAAUAGAGCAUACGAUGCUGGAGAUCACGAAGAAGCCGAGAAAAACGCAAAAAAUGCUAAAUUGUGUAAUUUAAUUUCGAUCGUAUUUGGUCUUAUCUUCAUCCCAUUAAUAAUCUAUUUGCGUUUUAAACAGAUGCAAGAACAAAAAAAUAGCUACUAA